UUCAGGCUUGUGAACCCCGUUUUGUUUCCGUUAUUGCAGCGAGCCAUCUUACUUCAGACGCCGAUCAUUACUUCUUCUAGUAAUUUCAGUGGUAUCAUAUCGUGAAAGAACAUAAGGUUUUGGUGAUAGAGACAGCGUUGUUUUACGUGCAUUCAGUAUGGUAGGGACAAGGGUCUAUGUCGGUGGGCUUCCAUACGGCACCAGGGAAAGAGACCUUGAGAGAUUUUUCAGAGGCUACGGUCGAUUCCGUGAUGUCCUCAUCAAGAAUGGUUACGGCUUUGUUGAAUUUGACGACUAUAGGGACGCAGACGACGCCGUGUACGAGCUUAAUGGAAAGGAGCUGCUAGGAGAAAGAAUUACUGUAGAGAGGGCCCGGGGGACACCUAGGGGUAGUGACCAGUGGCGCUAUGGUGACUCCCGUGGUGGUUAUGGGGACUCGAGGCGAUCUGCCCGAGACGAUAUGCGGCACGACAGAGAUAGUGUGAACAGAAACACGAGGACCGCAUCUAGCUACAAGCAAUCAUUGCCCAGAUAUGGACCACCCACACGCACCGAGUAUCGGCUCACCGUGGAAAAUCUCUCGAGUCGCGUCAGCUGGCAGGAUUUGAAGGAUUAUAUGAGACAGGCUGGAGAAGUGACGUACGCAGAUGCACACAAGCAACGCAGAAAUGAAGGAGUUGUAGAAUUCGCAACAUAUUCAGACUUGAAGAACGCUAUCGACAAAUUGGACGACACAGAACUGAACGGACGUAGGAUUAGGCUUAUCGAAGACAAAAGACGUGGUCGUCGCUCAAGGUCAUCCAGUUCGAGGUCGAGAUCACGAUCACGAUCACGAUCUCGUCGCCGAUCCCGCUCCCGCUCAAGGUAUUAUCGUCGUUCUCGAACCCGGUCAAGGAGUCGUCGCAGCACUCGUAGCCGUAGCCGCCGCAGCAGCCGCUCCAAAUCAAGGGCACAUUCAAAAUCCAAAUCAAAGUCCAAAUCCAAAUCCCCCGAGCGUAGCCGCUCGCGUUCCAAAUCCAAAUCAAGAGACCGCUCAAAGUCGAAAUCUAAGUCAAAGUCCAAAUCCAGAUCUCGUUCUAGGUCCAAGGCCGAGAGGUCAAAGUCCAGGUCGCAGUCCAAAUCCAAAGCCAAGUCUCCCUCAAAUUAUUCUUACAGAGACAGAUCUAGUCGCGAAAGAUCAAGAGGUGAUAGAUCAAGAUCCAGAUCGGGCAGCAAACAUAGCAAAAGCCGUAGCCGCUCACGUUCGCCAAUGAACGGGGACAAAUCACCAGAAAAUAACAAAAUGAAAGCUGAUUAAGGGAGCGAAGGGGAGCGAAUGGAAUGAAUGAAAGGGAUUAAUGGGAGUGAAGCUUGCAAAAGUUUCUCUUUUAAUUUCCUUCUUUUUCUACAUUAAAUACAUUCAAGAAGCCAAUUUCAUCAUGCCUUGAUUUAAGACGUCAAUUUUUAUGACACUACUUGUAAUUAACAUAAUUAUACAUCGUUUUAUGAUAAGUGAAAUUCUAAAAAUCACUAAAGAAGUAUAAAAAUUUGAAAAAUACAUGUAAUUUUGACGAUCGGCUUAAGAAUAAUUAAUUUAUACAUGGGUUAUUUACCGAACCAAUUGUGGUACGUUGGUUUCACUAUAAUUUUAAUUAUAUAUUGUACACAUCCUUCUGAACACGACUCGCAUUUAGAAAAAUAAGAUGUCUUCAUACGUACCUUAAACGGAUUCUACACGUUUUCGAUGUAUCUCCGUAUAUCGAGGAUUUCCUGUAAUGGCUUUUUGUAUAUAUUCCUAACAAUCACACAUUACAAUGUGGAAAAAUAUGUGAUGUGUAUUAAAUUUAGUGGUAAGAGGUAUCUUAUUGUCAAUAAAAAUUCAUGCCAAGCCUA